AUGGCAACCACCACCAUCACCACCACCACCACCACCACCGCUGCUCCCGCCUCACCCCACUCCAGCGCCUUCAGUGGCUCACGUGCCUCAGCACACUCUGAUAACUCCCAUGUUGCACAGAGAAAAGAGGAGAAAAAAAAACCCUCCACGCUCAAGUCCAGAGGGGCAUCAGAGUGCGGGGGCGUCAUCCGGCUUCCUGAGGAAACAGAGGAUGUUGUUUCUUAUCAAUCUGGAGAAGCACGCUUCAUUUGUAAAGAGUAUACAUGA